UGAGACAGACAGACAGACGGACAGACUCUACUGCACAUAACUCAACACACUGUCUGUGGACCUGAGGACAGUCGGCUCAGUGAUUUUCCUUCAUUUGUCACAGAUUUCAGAUUUUCCGCAAUGUCGGACCAGCUGACGUUCGCCAUGGAGAACCGUGAGCGAAUCCUGGCGGUGGAGAACUCGUUCGGUCCCUCUGGGAAGUCUCUGCUGGAGUCCGGCCGCAUUCUGGUUGGGGAAGGUCGCCUGAUGAAGCUCUGCAGGCGGUGUCCUCAGCCCAAAGUCUUCUUCCUCUUCAACGACAUCCUGGUCUACGGCAGCAUCGUGAUGGCGGGCCGCUGGAACAAGAACCAGCACAUCAUCCGGCUGGAGGAGGUCCAGCAGGAGGAUCUGGAGGACAGCAUGGAAAUGAGCAACCAGUGGCUCAUCAAGACGCCCCAGAAGUCCUUCUACGUGGGCGCGGCUUCUGCGGAAGAGAAGCAGGCCUGGAUGGAGCACAUCGAGAACUGCAGGAGCCAGCAGCUGCAGCGCCUGGGCCUUCCGGCUAAUGCGCCCGCCGUCAAAGACUUCGCGGCGACGUGGAUCCCGGACCAUGCCUCCGCCAUCUGCAUGCGCUGCUCUGAGCGCUUCAGCGUGGCCCACCGGAGGCACCACUGCAGGCGCUGCGGCUUCAUCGUCUGCAACUCCUGCUCCAAAGCGCGCGCCGUGCUCAGACACAUCUCUUCCAAGCCCGUACGGGUGUGCAUGCUCUGCAAGGUCACCAUGGAGGGUCAGGAGCGGCUGCAGCGGCAGAUGAAGAACCAGGUACGCAACCAGCCAGGAAAAGAAUGGAAAACCAGGUCCGGCAGCAACAUUCAAUACGACACCUCCAGUGAAGAAGAUGCAGACGAAUUAGUGGAGAACAGUUCGCCAACUCAGUGGUUCAGCAGCCAGGACAACAGUUCUCCUUACUGCUACUUCAACCCAGACCACAUUAAACCACCACGGUUCUAGAGGACAUCAGAAGAGCAGCUCAUCCUCCUAAAGUACCACCUGAAAGACCGUCAGGAGCUUUUAGGAGCAAACCCAGCUGUUCUGGGAUAUGAAACACAUCACGAUUCACAAUGAAUGACGUUUUGAUUGUGUAUUUUAACAGAGUUGGUGUUGCUUCACCACCUCUGGCCUGCAGGCACACUACAUAUGAUCAUGUGCUCAUACUGACGGAACCGGUUCUGCUGCAAGACUGGAUUUACACUUGAACAAAGUAUUCAACACUAGAGUCUCUGCUGUUAAACAUUGGAAAUGUACUUUAUGCAAACGUUUUUUGUGAAUAAAUAUGUAUUAUUUAUUAUAUAAUCUACUGUAAACGGUCACCUUAUAUAAAAAUGUAUUUCUUUAACACUUAUUAUGUUUAACCAUGUAAACCAAUAUGGGUGAGCUGAUCAACACUUGCACUUUAAUACUGAGAGAUGAAUAAAUAUGGUUAUUAAAGCAUGCUGUGCGUA